UCAACACGGCCUUGGAUUAUAUCGUAGAUAAUUAAAACAGUGAUGGCUGCUCAUUGAAGAAUUCUGACCCGUUAUAUAAUUCUCUUCAGUUCGGACGUUACUUGCAAGUAAUUACACCGUUUAAAAUGCCUAAUCCGGAUUGUGUUGAAAUGACGGCUUUUGGCCGCCAGUUCGCCAUUGGAACAUUUUACAAUUACACCGAAGAUGCCAUUGUGCUGCCAAAAAUUCGUUUGUGGGAUUCAUCCGAUGUGCCCAGCUCGGUCGUCGAAACUGAAGAACAUGUCAAGGUUCAUUCGAUGGCGACUGAGCAAACCAUUGAUGACGAUGAAACAGGGCACAGGUUUUGGCUAUCUAAAUUAGGAAUGGAUGAUCACACAGCAAUGAGUCUGAUGACCGGCAUUUUGCGUCUAUCAUCCGGAGGAGCUUGGCAGUACGCGGCCGACGGGGUGGACUGGAAGGCGGAAACGUUUGGCCGUAAAGCCGAAGUGGCCGUCCAUUGUUGUUGCUCCAGCAAGAAAGUCUCGGCAGUCGAUUCAAUAACUCAACUGGAAAUCAUUUGCCGUCCAGACGAAUUAAUGAAGAGCGGAGCCACUCACGUCGUCGUGGCCGUCACUUAUGGCCUGGAAGCCUUUUGCAUUUUUCCCCGUCAACAGCCAAAGUCAAACACGACAACUGACGAUGAUGACGAAGCCAUCGAAAGAAUGCGAAACUACGCCCGCAUUUUCGCCGAUCAGCUCUGGAAGGGCAGACUCAAUUUAGGGCCGGAUCAGGAUCAAGAAGGUGACGAAGAAGACGGCGGACAAUGUUUCAUCCCGCUAGACCUGCAGUGCAUUCUCUACAGCGAUCUAAAUCAAGCCAAAAACGGUGGACAAAGCUGGACUUCUAAGCCCGUCGCGGAACAGUACGAAGCCUGCAGGGCGGUAAUGAUCCAUCCAGUCAACAAGGCAAUUCCGCUGAAAGUAUUACUGUACCCACUCCAUAAAUUGAUGCCUAAUAAAGAAGGUAAAACUAAGAUUCCGCCAAAUCUUCGUGAUCCGCCGUAUCUAGUUCUUCGUUGUCAAAUUAUAUGGAACCGUUUGCAACGAAUCCGUUGGGACACGGACGAUUUGAUUGGCGAUUUGAGCGGUUGCCACUGUAUUCCGCUAACAACCUAUAAGAGAAUCAAGGAAUUAGGGGAAUUAAUAACCACAUAUUUUGAGGUUUUAAUCAAGGCGCUGGCCCAAUGGAUCAUUGCCAUCCGACGCGGAGAGAUCAUGGAAGAAAAGAUAAUGGACAAGAAGAUAAAAGCCAUGGAAACCCAAUCGCCGUUCCUUCCCAACGAGCUGAACUGUUGGCUCAAUUGUCAGAAACAGCAAAUCAAAACUUUUAAAAUGUUGAAUCAAUUACCCGGUGUCCAGCUUGUGUCUGGAGUAGAAAAUUUCAAAGAAGAGGUUAAACAUGGAAACGAUUGGUCUUACGCAGUAGUCAUUCACUUGCCCAAUUUGGAUGGAAUUUCUGACUUGUUGGUUAGCGAAAUGAAGCGUUAUGUUGGAGUGUUCAACCAAACUCCAAGUUCGAAUUGGACAGACUGGAGAAGUGACAAUAAAGGACAACCAACUAAGGAUUCCAUCUCAAUCAACUGUCGUCGAAUAUACUAUGCUGCUAAAGAGUUUUCAAUUUGGGUGACUAAUAACAACAGCGACAACACAAACGUACGGUACGUCAUAUUUUACGACGAACGGAUUGCUGGUGCUGGUGUAGCGGAACUAUCACCGUUCACGCGAUUAUACGACUGCAGAACGGGAGAGGCUCUACCUUUGAAUUUCACCAUCCCUAAAGCUCCUGGUCCAGUCACAGUCGAAAAGAACCACCGUGGCGUGAUCACGCUGAGUUGGAGAACAGAGGAAGAAGUCGAGGAGCCUAAUUAUCUGUUGCAGUAUCGGAGUAUCGAUAGAUCCAAAGAAAGGUGGGAUUCCAUCCAACAUUAUUUCGAAGAAAUUACAAUCAGUCAUCUGCAAUCGGAGGAGAGUUACGUGUUCCGCGUUGCCGUGGUGACACCAGGAGGAAGGAGUCCGUUCAGUCCGUUCAGCUGUAAGGUGACAAUUGAUCCGGUUUGUCCGUCACCAGCUGGACUACAGUGUUUGUACGUGACGGAUACGAGCAUCACCAUUUCUUGGUCUCAUCAAUUUUAUUCAGGCAGAGUAGAGACCGUAGCGAAAGACGACGUAACAAUUUCCUCUUACUCUAUUGACUGCUGGAUGGGUGGUAGCCCCCACGAGUCCACAUUUAUACAAAGAUCCAAUACGAAAAAGACGAUUACACUUGAACCACUCGUCCCCGGUACAGAUUAUUGCGUCCAAGUGCGGGCUGUUUGCAUAAAUGCUACGGGAUGCACUUUCUACAGUAAAGCUUCACAGAUUCUAGAAGCGAAAACGCUGCGAGAGGCCGAACGGGCGGCAAUUGUCGUCCGUCGUAAGAGCCAAAAAUGCCCGACCGACAAAGACAUCGACCAUUACCAGAUACCGUUAAAGAGACAACACCACGAAGCCCACCAAGCACAAGGAGUCGGACACUAUGUUUUUGGUGAGCCAAGUUACUUGGCGUUGGUCGGCAAACGUCGUCAACGGACCAUCUUGAUGCUGGGCGCCACUGGUUCCGGCAAAAGUACUCUCAUCAACGCUAUGGUGAAUUAUGUGCUGGGCGUCGAGUGGAACGACGACUUCCGCUUUAAACUGAUCGACGAACCGGCCGGCAAGUCUCAAGCUUACAGCCAGACGGACUUGGUGACCACCUACGACUUGUACGAAAUGAAAGGAUCCCGGCUGAAUUAUUCUCUGACAGUUGUCGAUACUCCAGGAUUUGGUGACACUCGUGGACUGGAGAAAGACAAGAAAAUUUUGCAACAAAUUCAAGAUUAUUUUCAGUGCCGUCACGGGAUUCAGCAAUUGGAGGCCGUCUGUUUUGUCGUCCAGUCGUCUGACGUCAGGUUGACGGCCCCUCUGCAGUACAUUUUCGACUCCAUCUUAUCUAUUUUUGGCCAAGAUAUUAAGGAUAAUAUUCGUCUGAUGGUGACAUUUGCUGACGCUGCUUCGCCACCGGUCCUUGGUGCAGUCAAAGAGGCCGGUAUCCCGUCGCCCAUGGAUCCAUUCACCGGUCUCCCACUUCACCACAAGUUUAAUAACUUAAUUUUCUUUACUUCUAACAAGGGCGACCGCCAGACGAACGAAUUUAACCGGACCUACUUUGACAUGGCAAUCGAAGGUUUUGACAAAUUCUUUGACGACUUGGGUGUAAUGGAAGCCAAAUCGUUGACUCUCACUCGUGAAGUGCUCGAAGAAAGGAAACUUCUUGAAGCCCUGGUCGAAGGUCUUCAACUUCGUACACAAAUUAAAUUGACGCGUAUCGAUGAGUUUCAGCAAAUCAAGAAGAUACUGGCGGAUAAUCAAGAUCAGAUAGACGCCAACAAGAAUUUUGAAUUUGAAGUCGAAUUCCUCGUUCCAAAAUCAACUGACAUCAGCGGAACGGGUCAAUUCACCACCAACUGUCAAAAUUGUCGCACAACUUGCCAUUUUCCUUGUAGACAGGCUCAUGACGCCGACAAACAUCGUUGCUCUGUCAUGAACCCAAGCGGCAAUUGUAUGAUAUGCAAAUGCUCUUGGAAUGCCCAUUUCAAUCAGAAAUACAGGUACGAAAUGGUGAAAGAGAAAGUGAAGCGUUCAUCCGACGCCAUCCGGCAACAAUAUCAAGGGGCCAAGAAUGAAGCGAUAACCAAUGAACAGCUGCUGAAAAACAUCCAGAAAGAAAUCGACGAAUACGAGUCACAGCUGAUGGAGUUGAUGAAAGCCACUUAUCCAUGCAUCCAGCGACUGGAAGAAAUCGCCCUGCGGCCUCACUCUUUCUCUGCGCCCGACUAUAUCGACUUGUUGAUAGCCGUCGAGAAACAAGAAAAUCGUCCAGGUUAUCAGCAGAGAAUCACCACAUUACAAAAACUCCGCCAAAUGGCUGAGAUCACGGCCAAACUUAUCAGCGAUAAGCGUUAACCCCAGCCACCCACGGAUAGAUUCGGAACUGGUCGAUUGUCGUGGUUAUUCGGCAAUUUAUUUUAACAACAUCGGUUCUUGAAAUUACACACAACAUCUUGUUUCAUGAUUGUGUACAGAACGAUGAAUUAUGAGAAAUAAUUAAAUAAAAGUAGAUUGCAAUUAUCUUCAAGUUUAAAAAAAUAUAUUUUAAAUUUCCCGCUUU